AUGAUGGAAAUGGAAAAGCUGAAGGAGGCUUUGCAUUUUAUCUGCUCCUCUGAUUUCUUGAGGAUGGCUCUGUUUUGGAACUUUGCUCUCAUCUAUUCUUACUUUCAAUUGCUUAAAAGAAGCAUCUUUGGCUCAAAAUCAACUUCCUUUUCUUCUUCCUCCAUCAACACUUCUUCACACAGACCUAUUUGUGUUAUCACUGGUGCUACUUCGGGUCUUGGUAAGGCCACCGCCUUUGCUCUUUCAAGGAAGGGGUUCUACGUCGUUCUUGUUGGACGGUCCUCUCAUUUACUAUCUAAGAACGUAGAUGCUCAACUCAAAGCUUUUGAAGUUGACAUGUCUUCUUUUCAAUCGGUUUUGAAGUUCAGAAACUCUCUAGAACAAUGGCUUUUAGAAUCAGAUUUACAUUCUUCUAUCCAACUGUUGGUCAACAAUGCUGGAAUACUGGCUACAUCGAGCCGACCAACCGUUGAAGGCUUUGACAGGAUGAUGGCUACAAAUUACAUUGGUGCAUUCUCUUUGACAAAACUUCUUUUACCGCUUCUGAGAAACAGUCCUGUGCCUUCACGAGUCGUGAAUGUGACAUCUUUUACACACCGUUCUGUUUUUUCUGCGAGGUUUGACAAGGAUUCUGUUACGGGAGUGUACUCUUCGGAAUCAAAGCAAUAUCCUAGUGCUAAGAUCUAUCAGUAUUCCAAAUUAUGCCUUUUACUCUUCUCAUACGAGCUUCAUAGACAGCUUCACCUCACAGAUGAUUCACAUCAUAUCUCUGUUGCAGCUGUAGAUCCAGGAGCAGUAAAAACAAACAUAAUGCAUGAGCUUCCUUCAUAUAUACAAGUCUUGGCGUUUUGCAGUCUCAAGAUUCUUAGACUCAUGCAGUCCUCAGAGGAUGCAGCUGAAUCUGUCAUUGAUGCUGCUUUAGCCCCACCUGAAGUGUCAGGCAAAUAUUUCUUUGGAGGAAACGGGAGGACCAUUGAAUCCUCAGCGGUUUCUCAUGAUCCAAGACUUGCUAAGGAACUCUGGGACACUUCAUGUCUCAUAUUUGAUGAGCUGCAGCAAACUCACACUUGAAGAUGACAUAAUCAUAGUAUCCAAACUGUAGAAACUGUCUGAUUUGUCUACAAUCUUCUAGAAAUAUAUAGCAAAUGUGGCCUAGCCACUUGUCAGUUUUGAGUUUUCUUAGUUCAGUGACACUGUCCACAAAUAAUGCAGUAGGCAGAAUCACCACCACAUUGCUUCUAGUAUAUGUACACAUCAUGUUACAUUGAACGUUUGCGAGAGCGGCCUAAGACGGGCCUUUUCGACUAUUAUUAAACCUUUUUGGGCCUUUCUCUUCAAU